GAGAGUCUCCGUUAACUGUUAACUUCACGCCCCGUUCCACACCACCGAACUAACCCAUGCUCUCUUUUCGCCUUUUGACCUUGCUUAUGCCUGUAGAUACUUAGUAGGACAUCUGACAUGGGGCCAACAGCGCCUUUCCAACGCGGCCAAGCCAGCAACAAUCUUGCUCAUACCAAAAAAGUCGCUGCAAAGCCAUCUCCCCUUCCUACUAGUCCUACCUUUCUCAGCCCUUGUGUUCUCUUCUUUCACCUCUUACCCCAAAUUCAGCAUCUCCACCAUGGCAACACAGCCGAAAUCAAUCGCGCAACCCCAAGUGAGCGUCCCUCGCUUCUUCUAUCAGCAGCUCACCGUCAAACCUCCCGAAAUCCAAAAUAUCGAUCUGCAGGGCAAGACGGCCAUAAUUACUGGUGCCAACACUGGCAUAGGCUUUGAGGUCGCCAACCAGCUCCUUGAGCUCGAGCUGAGCAAGCUCAUCCUAGCCGUGCGAAACCCGGAAAAGGGCAAAGCCGCAGCUGCGAAGCUCUCCGCGAGCCGCCGGCUCCCCGAAGGCGCCAUCGAGGUUUGGGACCUUGACCUCUCUUACUACGACUCCGUUGUCAAGUUUGUCGAGCGCACAAAGACUCUUGAACAAAUCGACCUGGUCAUCCUUAAUGCCGGCGUCGCCCAUGCAAAGCGCGUUUUCAAUGAGAAGACGGGCCACGACGAGAUGGUGCAGAUCAACUUCAUUUCCACAGCCCUCCUCGCCAUUCUGCUCCUACCCAUCGUCCAAGCCAAGCGUGGGAGCCAGCCGAACCCCACGCGCAUCACCUUCGUCUCAUCAGAGGUCGCUGCAUGGACUGCUUUUAUGGAGAGGGAAAGCUUUCCCCUGCUGGCUGCACUAGACAAGAAAGGCAAGGUAGAUAUGUUAGAUCGCAUGUUCGUUUCGAAGCUGCUCGGCCAGUUUUUUAUCCACAGGCUGGCGGCCAUCGUUCCCCCAUCAGUCGCCCUCAUUAAUUCAGCAUCGCCUGGCUCAGUCCAUGACUCCGACUUCAACCGCGAGCACGACACGACAUUCUCGGGAGCAGUCGCAAAGAUAUUCAUGAAGCGUGUUGCCAACACUGCUGCGGUGGGGUCACGCUUCGUCACCGACGCCAUCAUCAACCAUGGCGAGGAGACACAUGGACUAUUCCUGUCGUUCACCAAAUUGUUGGCGUCAAUUAUCUACACCCCUGAAGGCGGCAGGAUCGAGGAGCAGCUAUGGUCGGAGCUAAUGACCGAGUUCGCGCCCUUCAAAGUUGAGGAGAUUAUCAAAUCGAUCCCUAAACAAUAAAGGCGGGCCACGCGCACAUCAUGGGAUUUACUUUGUUUUCACAGAAAGCUAUGACUCACGAGCAAGUAAGGCGCCUGGCAUCCAAAUCUUCAAAUACUUCCAAAAUCCCUGGUAUGAGAAACUUUCUACCUCUAUUAUCUAUACUAGAAAUCAAUCAUACUCUAUACCCUCGGUGUCAAGGUAGUUAUUAGGAGUUGGUUCUUGCUGUUAAGCAUAGCCCUCAUGUGAUAAACCCUAGGGUCUGUUACAACAUGUAGUCUCAAAGUGUCCAGUUCUGAAUACAAAUACGGCCCACUGGUCGAGUAGACAUUCCGUAAUGGUUUGCUACAUCGGUCGCGUGUGUAAUCUACGUACCCCACACGAAGGG